AAAUGUUUCUUGAUCCUCGAAGAGCUCAGGAAGAAGAAAUCAGCUGAUAUCUUCAACUGCCCGGUGGACACAAGGACUGUACCAGACUAUCGACAAGUCAUUGAGAACCCGAUGGAUUUGGGAACGAUUGUGGAUCAGCUUGUCGAUGGGUCGUAUCAGACAGCGCACGAUGUCCGCAAGGACGUUACUCUGGUUUGGAAGAACUGCAUUCUUUACAACGGGAUCGACUCUCCUCUGGCAACGGAUGCUUUCAAGCUCGCAAAGAGUUUCGACGAGCGUUUCAAGGAAGAGAUCGCCCCCCCUCAACAUCAGGGGAUGAAGGAUUUC